CAGCUGUGGAGGUGCCCAAGGAAAUGACUCUCUAUGGCUACUUGAAGCCCUGGCUGGCAGGGGAUGGGCUCUUACUAAGUGCUAAUGACAAGUGGAGCCACCACCACCACCUGCUGACACCUGCCUUCCACUUUGACACACUGAAGCCCUACGUGAAGAUUUUUAACCAGAGUAUGAACAUCAUGCAUACCAAGUGGCAGCGCCUGACCUCCAAGGGCAGCGCCCGUCUGGACAUGUUUGAGCACAUCAGCCUCAUGACCUUGGACAGUCUGCAGAAAUGUGUCUUCAGCUUCGACAGCAACUGCCAGCAUGAAUACAUAGCUGCCAUCUUGGAACUCAGCGCCCUCGUAGUGAAAAGGCACCACCAGGUCUUCCUGUACAUGGACUUCCUGUACUACCUCACUCCUGAUGGGUGGUGCUUCCGAAAGGCCUGCGACCUGGUGCACAACUUCACAGAUGUUCUUAUCAAGCAGAGGCGCCAUACUCUUGCUAGCCAGGGUGUUGAUGAAUUCCUCCAGACCAAGGCCAAGUCUAAGACUUUAGACUUCAUUGACGUGCUUUUGCUGGCCAAGGAUGAACAUGGAAAGGAACUGUCAGACGAGGACAUCCGUGCAGAGGCUGACACCUUCAUGUUUGGAGGACAUGACACCACAGCCAGUGGGCUCUCCUAGAUCCUGUACAACCUGGCAAGACAUCCGGAAUACCAGGAGCGCUGUCGGCAGGAGGUGCAGGAGCUCCUGAGGGAUCGUGAGCUUGAGGAGAUUGAAUGGAUGCUGCAGCUGAGCUUGUCCUGGUUAGGGCUGUGGCCUGAGGUGACUUCCCUAUGGCAGUUACCGCUGCUGACUGGGGCCUCCUGGCUCCUGGCUUACAUCCUGGUACAGAUCUAUGUCAUUUUUGGAAACUAUCGUCGCCUCCGUGGUUUCCCUCAGCCCCCCAAACGGAACUGGCUCAUGGGUCAUGUGGGCAUGGCACCUCCCUCAGAGGAGGGCUUGAAAGUGAUAGCUGAGCUGGUGGGAACUUAUCCGCAGGGCUUUAUGUUAUGGAUGGGCCCAGUGGUUCCUGUCAUCAAUCUGUGCCACCCUGACAUCGUCCGAUCUGUCCUUAAUGCCUCAGCUUCAGUUGUACUCAAAGAUGUGGUCUUCUACAGAACCCUGAAACCUUGGCUGGGGGAUGGGCUCUUGGUGAGCGCUGGUGACAAGUGGAGCCACCACCGUCGCAUGUUGACACCUGCCUUCCAUUUCAACAUCCUGAAGCCCUAUGUGAAGAUUUUUAAUCACAGCACUAACAUCAUGCAUGCCAAGUGGCAGUAUUUGAUCUCAGAAUGCAGUGCCCGUCUGGACAUGUUUGAGCAUGUCAGCCUCAUGACUCUGGACAGUCUGCAGAAAUGUGUCUUCAGCUUUGACAGCAACUGUCAGGAGAAGCCCAGCGAGUAUAUUGCUGCUAUCUUGGAGCUUAGUGCCCUAGUGGCCAAAAGGCACCAGCAGCCCCUUCUAUACAUAGACUUGCUGUAUCAUCUCACCCCUGAUGGGAUGCGCUUCCAGAAGGCCUGUCGCCUAGUACACGACUUCACGGAUGCCGUCAUUCAGGAGCGACGCUACACCCUCCCAGAUCAGGGUUUGGAUGACUUCCUUAAGUCUAAGGCCAAGUCCAAGACUUUGGACUUCAUUGAUGUGCUGCUGCUGACCAAGGAUGAAGAUGGAAAGCAUUUGUCAGAUAAGGACAUCCGAGCAGAGGCUGACACCUUCAUGUUUGAGGGACAUGACACCACAGCCAGUGGGCUCUCCUGGAUCCUGUACAACCUGGCGAAGCAUCCAGAAUACCAGGAGCGCUGCCGGCAGGAGGUGCAGGAGCUCCUGAGGGACCGUGAGUCUACAGAGAUUGAAUGGGACGACCUGGCCCAGCUGCCCUUCCUGACCAUGUGCAUCAAGGAGAGUAUGCGUCUGCAUCCCCCGGUCACAGUCAUAUCCCGCCGCUGCACCCAGGACGUUCCACUCCCGGAUGGCCGGGUCAUCCCCAAAGGUGUAAUCUGUCUCAUCAGCAUCUUUGGGGUUCAUCACAACCCAUCUGUGUGGCCGGACCCUGAGGUCUAUGACCCCUUCCGCUUUGACCCAGAGAACAUCAAGGACAGGUCACCACUGGCAUUUAUUCCCUUCUCCGCUGGGCCCAGGAACUGCAUUGGACAGACGUUCGCCAUGAGCGAGAUGAAGGUGGCGCUGGCGCUGACGCUGCUGCGCUUCCGCGUCCUGCCGGAUGACGUGGAGCCGCGUAGAAAGCCGGAGCUGAUCCUGCGCGCGGAGGGCGGGCUGUGGCUGCGGGUGGAGCGGCUGAGCCGGGGCGCGCAGUGACCCCCACACCCGGCCUGGACCGCCUGAGCCCCAUCCACCUG